AUGUCGACUCCAAGACCCCGCGGUCGUCCAAAGCGGGCAUCAACAAACAUCAACGAUGAUUCCAUGACCCAAACGAUACCGACGACGUUAGAUGCACAACCUACGACGCCUCGGUAUACGACGCUGACACCUUCUGCCCUCCUCCGUUCAGCAAGCCGGCGAACACCUCGCGGCGCGCCAUUGACACCUUUUGCCCUUCGUGCGAUUCAGCGCCGCACCGCGAAUACUCCUGGCCGGGAUCGGAGAAGAAGUACACGCGGCCCUCAACGAGAAACAGCUUUUGAUAUUUUGCGAAAUCUUGGUAGAACACUUGCUCCGAUUUCCAAGCCAAUUCAAUCAUCUCCCCAGGAUGAGCGAAGUCCAACACCGGAAAGUUCGUCAGAGAUAGAAGAUGAAACAAUCUAUCUUGACCAGGAACCAUUACCAGAACGUCCACGCCUUUCACUCCCACUCCGAGCUGAUAGCGGAUCAAGUAGCGAUGGCAGUCCUGAUAUGCCUCCGCCACGACUAUCCUUACAAUUUGUUGAAGACGACAUCACACAACGUUCCGUGGAAUACCCACGAAGGGCAAUUAGUGACAAGGAUCGCCAGCGACUGGAGAGAAUGAGCUUUGGAGAUGUCCGAAUGAGCGAGAAUUUUGGCGAUCUUACUCGAUUGGACGCGUUUUCCGAAGCUGGUGAUAUUACGACGCUUGCGCAGAAUGACGAUGACGAUAUUGAGCAAUCGCAGCUGGACGAAGGAGCAUUUGAUGCGGGUGGUGAAACUGCGGACUUGGGUCGAUUCAACUUGGAGUUUAAUUUCCCCAGCCCUGCUGCUCCUGCAGCAGAACUCGAUGAUCCUCUACCAAAUGAUGAAGAUGAUUUUAUGCUUCAAACUGAUCAAGCAGAGAUCCCGUAUCCAUCGUCAGAUGAUGAUGAUGCCGCAGCAGAUGGUUUCACCGGAUUUGAAGUCAACAUUCCAGAUCAAGUAUCCGAUGCUGGCACCACAGGCACCACUGGAGCUGGUGCAGGAGUUGUCGGCGGUGGACUUCGAGAUGAACCGUCAAUGAGAACCCGGAAGCAGAAGAAGCUAUCACGACACGGUAUCCCUGUACCAUUAUUACCUACUGGUGUUGUGAAGAGAUUAGCAGCCCGUUUCGCGCGUACUGGAGCAGGCACAAAAGCCAAAAUCAACAAGGAGACACUCGCUGCAAUUGAACAAGCCUCGGAGUGGUUCUUUGAGCAGGCCAGUGAAGAUCUUGCAGCGUAUUCAAAACAUGCAGGUCGUAAGACUAUUGAUGAGAGUGAUGUAGUGGCUUUGAUGCGCCGACAACGACUUGUUAACAGUACGAAUACAAUAUUUUCGCUGGCGCAGAGACAUUUACCGAAGGAACUUUUGCAGGAUAUUCGGCUGUCAUUGCCUCCUUGA